UACGCCACAGUGAGCCUCGCCCCCUCACUCAAUUCCUGCCCGUUGGACGCCACUGUCUCUCCCCGUUCCUGCCUCGACCCACCGCCGCUCCGUGCACGCCGAGUGAGGUCGUAAACUGUUCGAUGACACAGCUCACGCCAAGGCUCGCCUCCACCAUGGCGGAGGUGGACGCAGUGCAUUGGGUGGUAUACCGCAACGUCCUGCCGGUGCUGGUAUUUGCGGGCAUUAUUCUCAACGUGCUCUGUUUGGUGGUGCUGAGUCGUCCAAGCCUCAGGUCAACCAGAGUCGUUUGGUACUUCCUGGCCCUGGCCUCCUCAGACCUGUUGGUGUGCGUCUUCCAUAUCCCCGUCAUCACCACUAUCACGGGAUGCACCUUUUCCUCUUAUGGCGAGGCCUACUACUUCACACACUUCGGCUGGACGAUGAUCGGUGUGUGUCAGUCAUUCGGAACCUACGUCAUUGUGUGGCUGUCCUUGGAUCGCUUCAUUGCCGUGUGGAUGUACGAAAUUUACCCAAAGAUCCAGCAGCGACCCCAUGUCAAGAGGAACAGGCUGCUGGCCACGGCGAUGGCUUGCAUCACCUUCCACUUGGUCUAUAUGGUCCUGGCUGAUCUGACCUGUUCCACCGAAGAUGAAGGAGACGAGGAGUGCACGCGAGGACACUGGAUCAGCGUGAGCGGCUAUCAGUACCAGUUUGAGAAGACGUGGCACAAGGUGUACUGCGUCAUAUACGGCCUCUUCAUUAGGUGGUUCCCGGGCUGCCUGCUGAUCUUUUUCAAUGCCAGCUUGGUGGUGGGCAUAGUGCAGGGCCGCGUCAACCUCCCUGUGGGCAUCAAGACACCAGGCAGGAGUGGGGAGCGUAAACUUGUCAUCAUCACCAUUGCCAUCACUGCCUCCUACAUCCUGUUCACAUUCCCUAUCAUGAUCUACAUCACUGGCUUUGCGGAGGCACUCCCAGACCGGUGUGGAGGCAACCACCCCAAGGAGGUAUUAAGGGCAGUGGGCAACACACUGCAGCUGCUGGAGCAUGUCAUCCACAUUGCCUUCCUGGUGGGACUCAACAGCCGCUUCAGAAAAGAACUUAAGAUCCUAUUGCGACUUGAAAAAAGAGCAGAUGAUGACUACUGCCACGAGCAAGAUGGCGAGAAAGAGGAACCAAAGAGUAGGAGCAAAUUGGCACCACCUCAUUCCUUCAAUACACACUCCACUACCCCAACACCACCUACCCUAACACAAGACCUGAGCCUCAGCACUGCUGAUGUUGCUGUAUUAUAAGACAGGAAGCAACACAAGGUGGCUCAGUGCAAUGUGAAGAGCCUUUUAAACUCCCAUUCACUCUGCUGCUGAGUGUACUGGGCAGCAGCAGUACAUCAAAGAAAUACAAACUGCUACCACUUAGUAUUCUAAGUAGUGUUGUGGCAUUCGUAGUCUUCUGAACUGUGCAAAGACAACCUUAAUUUACCAAAUGUCUUAUAACAAAAGCAACCAAAAGGUAAAACAGCAUUACAUAUACCUGAGUGGGUUGCUGGUUGUUUAUCCCUUGAAUGUUGAUAAAAAAUUCGUCAAAUAUGGUAUCAUAAUUUUUCAGAUGACAUACGGAAACUUUUGAUGUACUGUGAAUGUGGGAGACUCCCUGAAAUACAGGAGACCCAUAACAUAGAUGGCAUCCUGAUGCAUCUGUGGAAGUGAACAGCUACACCUCAUUCCAGGUGCAAGAUGUGUCCAGGAAGUCUGAGAGAUAUUCUCUUUCCCCACCAAAAUACUUAUUUAUUCAGGAGAUACACCAGUUGGACUAUUUUUCCAGCAUAUCUCCACAGGAAUGUCUCACAUGAGAAAAAUUUCAUCCCCCUUGGUCAGAAUGCCCUGACCCUCAUGGUGGUGCCACCAUUGGGUCACUGGACUAAAUACUCAUAAGGGCCAAAAGCUCAUCACCAGUCUGUAACAUGUACUAUAUAAGUUUGUAAAAAAAUAUAUUUUUUUACACAAAACAAAAACAAAAACAAAAAAUAAAUAAAUAAAUAAAUAAAAAAAAUAAAUAAAACUUGAAUGAGAGCAUUUAAUACAAAUAUUUGUAAUGAUGCCAUGAAAUAACAAUUUAUGGUCCAAAUAUAAAAUGUUUUGUGCAGUAUUGUUGCAGUACAGCUUGUAUAACUAUUUAAUGAAAAUAAAUCACAUUUCAAAGGACAAAA